GCUGCUAACAUGCGUAAAGCAAACACCAAGUGUGGUAGAUCAGAUAGCGUAAAACACUUUCUUGAACUUACAAGCCAAUGUCGCUUCCUUCAGCUUGUCAGGGCCAGGAAUCAAUGUAUGAAUAUGCCAAAGAGAGUGCAGUGGUUAAAAUUAACUUCUGACUUAAAUACUCCAAAUCCUGCUCAGAACCGUUUUAAGUAACAUCGCAAAUUAAGAUGUCUUCCCUAGCUAAGCUUAUAGCAACGUGCAAGCUGUCACAGCUCAGGAGUCUAAAUCCCCAUCUCAGGCCCAAGACUGAAGCUUCUUUUGUCCCCGGAAACUGUAUCCGAAAAGUUCCACAUGUCUUAGUAUUUUGGAAAUGAUGCUCCACCCAGCAUAUGAGGCAACAAACACUAAAGGGAGAGGAACAAGAGGUGAAUAUCUGCCUACUUCAGGGAAAGUCUGGCAGAGACCUGCUCAGAAGACAUGCCUCAAAAACUUAGCUUCUGAGACACCUUCUCAGACUACAACGGCGAAACUGCAAUAAUCCCAGGCCCUCCAGUGCAUACUUGGAAGUUUUUGUUGAAGCAUAAGGGAAAGGGGUACAACCAUGGACAGCCAAAGAAACGAGUGCUGUUUUCUGUGAGUGGGCUGGAUGACCGAUGCCAGCGACGCAGGAGAACGAAGCACAUCACCCACCUUAGAUGAGUCAGAUCCAGAACUACACUAUGAGGAAGAUGAAAAUGAAGAAGAUGAAGAAGAGAGUGAAAACCAGGCAAAGGAAGAUUCAGACACCAGCAGCAUCCUCUCUGAUGACUCUGUCUAUCCCAUUUAUGAACAUGCUGCACCUGAAAAUGAUGGCACAGAGCUCACCUUCUACCAAUGUUGCUUCAGGAACAAUGCAAUUCAGUUAAAGCAAAGGCUUUACAGUGGGGUGACCAGACAGGAGGUCAUGGAACUAGACAUCAAUGGACGGAAUGGUCUGCUAGUGGCAUGUUUCAAGGGCUUCGUGGACAUUGUCACUACUCUCAGUAAAUGCCGCUACUUGGAUAUCAAUCAUCAAGACAAUGAUGGGAACACAGCACUCAUGAUAGCAGCUCAGGCAGGACAUAUCACAAUUGUUAACUACCUUCUGAACUACUAUCCUGGAUUGGAGCUUGAAAUGCGAGACUACAGAGGUCUGACUGCCCUCAUGAAGGCCGCGGUACAAGGGAGGAACGAAUGUGUCGCAGCCUUGCUCUUGGCAGGAGCUGACCUGGCUGCUGUGGACCCAAUUAAAGGAAAAACCGCACGAGAAUGGGCAGCCCUGACUGGACGCUUUGAAACUAUCAUCCGGAUUCGAACCCUCCUCGAACGUCCGUGUGCUGAGCAAUUCUCUAAGAAGUACUUGCCAGAAUGGCCUGCUUUGCCUAUGCUGGUGGCAGAAACAUUGGGUUUAUCCAGAACCAAGCGCCUGACUAAUAAAAUCCGUUCGACAUUCACUAUCAAUUUUCCACAUGACCCUGAGCCAGAUGGUGUGAUGGAUCACAUGGUGCGCAUGACCACUUGCUUGGCUAGCCCUUUUGUGGGCACAGCUUGCCAAACGGUCUGUCCUGACAGCCCACCAGAAGUGGGCAAGCAAAGACUCUCAGUACCAGAGAUCCUCAAGGAGUACAAACCAGAUCCUGAUGCCAAAUCCAUGGCCAGUGCAUCAUCCUGCAAUGGUCAGCUCAUGACGCCGACACGAGUUCUGAUACCAUACCAGCAACCCAGUACUCUGGUGAAGAUCCUGUCAAUUCCCUUGCGCCUGCGCCGCAACACCAUUUUCCCUGAUGGCAUCCCAAAAAUUGAACUCACCAAGUCGCCUGGACAGUCAGCUCCCAAAGAGAAAAAAAUAAAGCCCGACAAGAACAGGCUGGAGUUGCCCAAGUGGCGAUACAAGGAGCUGAAGGAGGAGAAGAAGAAAGCAUUGGAAGAAGCUGGGAAACCUAAAAAAAGCAAGGGAAAAAGCAAAAGCAAAAGAAAGAAGUAAUAGUAGUCAUUGGGGGAAAUGUAGUGGUGAGGAGGGAAGAAACUCCCACUAGGGUGCUGAAAUUUUGCCCCUGCCAAUUGUAUCAAGUUAGUAUUACUCACAAACAAUUCUUUAUCAUGUCUCGGCCAGGCUAAACAGCUAACUAUAUGAGAUGUUAUACCAUUGGAAACUGGUAGUGAUUCUGCUCGGGGUUUUAGUCUGAGGUUUAAAUGCACCAUCCAAGGCCCUGAAUUUCACCCUCAAAAAUGUUCAGCACCUUGGACAGGUAAUUUAACAUUUGAGCCAAGCUGGGUUCAGUACUUUGGACAGCUUCUUCAGAGCUUAGAUCAACCAAAGAAGUGGAUUCACCACUCCAUGGACAAGGAAGCUACCACUGGGUUACAUGUAACCUGAGUAACAGGGUCGCUGAUGUUCCAGGGAGAUGAAAUAUGGAAACAUAUACUUAGCAGAGUUGUAGAUCAGGUGUUUAAGCCAGAGCAUAUAACCUUUUGGACUGCAACCGCAAGAAUCUCCCAGCCAGUGCAAAACCAUGCUGACUGGAGGAUUCUGGGAGUUGUAACCCCACUACAUACUUUUCCAAACUGUGAUUAACACCCUACCCUGCUUUUCUGCUCCAAAUUCCCUUUCUCUCCUUGCUUUAACCCCCCAAAAGGUUUAAUGUGCGUAUUUGGCCCAUGGAUAUGUUCUGGACCUGCAAAACCUCUUUGGAGACCCACCAAAAUGGACUGGAAUGAGUUGGAAAAUUCAUCAAAAUGUGCUGACACGUUUCCUUUCACUUCUCUGCUCUAAAUUCCUUCUUUGAACUAUGAUUUGUUUGAAAAGCACCAGGGCACCACUUUGAUGUGAUGUGUAGUUUACCACUAAGACACUAGGAUCCUCUUCACACAGCUCUUUUUGGCUGUGCCGUUGAGACAGCAAUUGCUGGUGAAAGGGAAGGCAUGUGGAGUGGCUCGUGGCCCUUCGUGCACCCUCCCCGCUUCCCCCAUCACAUGGUGGUGAUGGGACAGGGUGCAGUCCAUGUCCCCAUUAGAUGGGAGAAAGGGCAGCAAUGCAUGUUGCCCCACCAUACUUUCCUCCGUCAUUUUGACACUUCCACCCCACUUUGGGAGGAUUGUGGGUGGGGCCUGCCAUGCAUUGUGUAAUGGCACACGGUGGGCCCCGUUUUUGCCAUGUGAAGAGGUGGUAAUUCUUUCAGUGGCUUCCACAAGUAGUUCUUGCAUCCUCUGUUAGUGUGAAAUGUGGAUGUAGCAAUGAAAGGGUUAAUAGAAAUGUGUUUGCCACUUAAUUUAUUGUUAUUGAGUUCAAUAUCUGAGUGACAACUCACUAAGUGUUGUUAAUUUAGUUCU